CACGUAAACAAAAACAAACCGACGAGCGCGGAAACGUCAAAACGGAAACCAUGCAGGAGUCCGACGUUCAUAUCGACAUGAGUGGCGAUAUGGAACCGCCGAAGCAAGAGUCAAAAUCGUUGUUCAAUGUUUCCACGUUCACCAAUUUCUCCGCUCGGAUUCCGAGUUUGUGGGAAUUUUUGCGAAUCACCAGACAAAAUGUUCGCCCGUGGUCGGAAUUUCUGCAAACAGCGAAUUUUAAGACCGUGGCGAACGUUCCACGGCUCACGAAUCGAAUCAUCCGUAACCUGGGUUACUUCCAGAGCAACUAUCUGUUCGUUUUUCUCGGAUUGAUUGUCUACUGCUUAUUGACAUCCCCGUUGAUCUUGAUUGUGCUGGGAUGCGUAUUCUACGCUUGCUAUCGCAUCAAACAGGCCAAUGCACCCGUUGCCUUUUUCUCCCGUCAGUUGAACACCAACCAACAGUGCAUCGCAGUUAAUGUUGCUGCCAUUCCGGUGCUUUACCUGGCCGGUGCCGGGGCAGUCAUGUUUUGGGUUUUGGGAGCAUCUUUCUUUGUUAUAUCGCUGCACGCGGCCUUCUACAAUAUCGAUGCGAUCGUAACGGAGGACACCGAGACGUUCUUGUCGGAGACAGUGUAAUCGGGUGAAAUCCUGUUCGAAGAGAAUGUCGAUUGUUUAGUAUUUUGCGCAUAACAAAUAAUCGCAAACGUAAAUUUACGUAAGUAAUAAUCAGAGGCAUUAUUCCGGCAAAUGAUCAAAUUUGCAGGCUUUAACUGUUGGUUACAAACCACAUAAAUUGGAGCAUAUCUUCCACUAAUGUUUUUGUUAUGUACACUGUUUAGUUCGUAUCACAGGUUUUGAUAUCAGAAAAAUAUAUUUAACUUAUUCGUUUAUUUUAUCUAUGUAGCACGACAGCACUAUUAUGUGUGCUAAUGUGUGGCUAAAAUUUUCUAAUAAAAAUUUAAAAAAAUUAAA